UCUUGUUGGUUUGAUUAAUCUGACGAUUCCUUGUCUUUAAUUUCCGUUUUCCUCAUAUUAUCUAUCUUCUUGCGAUCGAACGCUGCCCUUCUUGAACCCUAACCCUCCACCUGUGGAUCUCUAAUCUCAAGAUCCCCCUCAUUGAUCCCGCUCCCGCGUUCCUGGGAUCUCCUCCUCGGUUGCUUUCGCUUCUGGAUCCCGACGUCCCCGCUAGCUUGCGCUGCGAAAGAUCGGAGAGAGCAAAUGCCAGACGAGGAUCUGAUCGAGCUCAAGUUUCGGCUGUAUGAUGGAACGGACAUCGGCCCGAUCCGCUACUCUGCUUCUUCCACCGUCGCCAUGCUCAAGGAAAGGAUAAUAUCCGAGUGGCCGCGAGACAAGAAGAUUAUACCAAAGGUGGCUAAUGAUGUCAAAUUGAUAAGUGCUGGCAAAGUAUUAGAGAACAACACAACAAUUGCCCAGUGCAGAUCACCUUUUGGUGAACUUCCUUCAGGGGUUGUCACCAUGCAUGUUGUUGUGCAACCGUCGUUGACUAAAACUAAAACAGAAAAGAAGGUGGACAAGUUGCCGAAGAAGAGUGCCUGUUCUUGCUCUAUAUUGUAGAGCAAGGAUGUAUCGGUAAUGUUUGGUUGGCAGCAAUAGAGUAUCAUCUGUGAAACCCCUGGUGGUAAGCAGAAACCACUUGGGGCAGAUGUUUUCUUUUCUUAGGGGCCAAAGUUGUCUUUUCUUGUGUAUUCUGUUGCGCAGAUCGAGUUGGUGGACGGCUUGACUAUUUGUCUUAAAGCAGGUAAGUCUGAGCAGAGUAUUAUUA